AUGUUCAGAAAUAACUACGACAACGAUUCUGUUACUUUCUCACCGCAAGGACGAAUAUUUCAAGUCGAAUAUGCAUCUGAAGCUGUCAAGCAGGGAAGUGUUGUUGUAGGACUCGUCAGCAAAACACACGCCGUGCUGGUUGCGCUGAAGCGAAAUGCCGAAGAACUCUCAUCCUACCAAAAGAAAGUCAUCGCUAUUGAUGAACAUCUCGGACUUGCCCUCGCCGGUCUAGCCUCUGACGCUCGUGUCCUCUCCAACUUCAUGAAACAACAGUCCCUCUCUUCACGUCUUACAUACGGCCGAGCUAUUCCUCUCUCCCGUCUCGUCAACUCCAUCGGCGACCGAGCGCAGACAAACACCCAGCAUUACGGGAAAAGACCAUACGGUGUAGGACUAUUAGUAGCAGGUGUUGACGAGACAGGACCUCAUCUCUUUGAAUUCCAACCAAGUGGUAUGACGCAAGAGAUGGUAGCCUGCGCGAUUGGAGCUAGGAGUCAGAUGGCCCGAACAUACCUAGAGCGAAAUUUGGACAAGUUUGCGGAUGCGGGACGGGAAGAAUUGGUCGUUCACGGACUGAAGGCGUUGAAGGAGAGUUUGGCGCAGGAUAAAGAGUUAACGGUUGAGAACUGUAGCGUGGGUGUUGUCGGUGUUAGAGGUGAGGGAAUGAAGGCUAUUGAGGGGUUCAAGCUUUUCGAUGGUCAGGAUGUGAAGCAGUGGGUUGACAUGGUUGCUGAAGGAGCGGAGGAGACUGCAGAGGAGGGUAUGGAUGUUGACUCAUAG